CGAGCGUAUUAUUGAAAAAGCUUCCAACCACCAAGAUGGUCAAGUCGAUGACGCAAGAGCCCAAGUCGUACGCGCAGAUGGUCCUUGAGAUGUUCAUGGCUGCGCCCCAAGUCUCUGUCCGCGGCGCCCGCGUGCCCUCGGACAUGAGCCGCUGCAACAGCGCGCGCGCCCACAAGGCUGCCAACUGGGCCAACGCGCACCAGUUCCCGCUUGCUAAUCCAUGUGCCGCGCCAACUAUAUAUUUAAUCUCCCGACUACGUAAUGUAUCGUGCUUCACUAUCCGCACACGACUCCUUGUCCUUUCCCACUACACCAACGAGAACCACCGCUGCUUGCUGUAA